AUGGCUACGUCUAUCCUCGGGGAAGAGCCGAGAUUUGGAACGACUCCCCUGGCCAUGCUGGCCGCCACCUGCAACAAGAUCGGCAACACUAGUCCCCUGACCACCCUGCCCGAGUCUAGCGCCUUCGCCAAAGGUGGCUUCCACCCCUGGAAACGCUCCACCUCCAGCUGCAACCUGGGCUCCAGCCUCUCGGGCUUCACGGUGGCCACGAGCAGGGGUUCCAACGGACUGGCCAGUGGCACGGGCACCGCCAACAGCGCCUUUUGCCUGGCUUCCACCUCGCCCACUUCCUCGGCCUUCAGCAGCGACUACGGCGGCCUCUUCUCCAACUCGGCGGCGGCGGCGGGCGUGUCCCCGCAGGAGCCCGGCGGGCAGUCGGCCUUCAUCUCCAAAGUGCACAGCUCGGCGGCCGAGAGCCUUUACCCUCGGGUGGGCAUGGCGCACCCCUACGAGUCCUGGUACAAGUCGGGCUUCCACUCCACGCUCUCGGCGGGCGAGGUGGCCAACGGAGCGGCCUCCUCCUGGUGGGACGUGCACACCAACCCGGGCUCCUGGCUUGAGGUGCAGAACCCGGCGGGGGGGCUGCAGAGCUCGCUGCACUCGGGCGCCCCCCAGGCCUCGUUGCACUCCCAACUGGGCACCUACAACCCCGACUUCAGCUCCCUCACCCACUCCGCCUUCAGCUCCACCGGCCUGGGCUCCACGGCCGCCUCGCACCUGCUCUCCACCAGCCAGCACCUACUGACCCAGGAGGGCUUCAAGCCCGUGCUGCCCUCCUACACGGACUCUAGCGCGGCGGUGGCGGCGGCCAGCGCCAUGAUCUCGGGCGCCGCCGCCGCCGCCGCCGGGGGCGGCUCGGCCCGCUCCGCCCGCCGCUACUCGGGGCGCGCCACCUGCGACUGCCCCAACUGCCAGGAGGCAGAGCGGCUGGGACCGGCGGGGGCCAGCCUGCGGCGCAAGGGGCUGCACAGCUGCCACAUCCCCGGCUGCGGCAAGGUGUACGGCAAGACCUCGCACCUGAAGGCGCACCUGCGCUGGCACACGGGCGAGCGGCCCUUCGUCUGCAACUGGCUCUUCUGCGGGAAGCGCUUCACCCGGUCCGACGAGCUGCAGCGGCACCUGCGGACUCACACGGGCGAGAAGCGCUUUGCCUGUCCCGUCUGCAACAAGCGCUUCAUGCGCAGCGACCACCUGAGCAAACACAUCAAAACGCACAACGGGGGCGGCGGGGGCAAAAAGGGCAGCGACAGCGAUACGGACGCCAGCAACUUGGAAACGCCGCGCUCCGAGUCCCCCGACCUCAUCCUGCACGAGGGGGUGGGCGCCGCCGCCCGCGGACCGGGCAAGGAACCUACCGCGGGCCCCGGCGACUCCUAG